AUGAAAAAUCUCAAGGGUGGGAACGUGUUCGUGAUAGCGGCCAUCCUGCUGGAGAGGAACCUGCAGAACGUGGCCAACUACCUGAUCCUGUCGCUGGCGGUGGCCGACCUGCUGGUCGCGUGCCUCGUGAUGCCGCUGGGCGCCGUGUACGAAGUGAGCAAGCAGUGGACGCUGGGCACCGAGCUGUGCGACAUGUGGACGUCGAGCGACGUACUGUGCUGCACCGCCUCCAUCUUGCACCUCGUGGCCAUCGCCUUGGACAGCUAUAUGAAUUCAAAUGAUUAA